CGAAACCUGCGAUCCGUGACGUCAGACAGUGCGAACGGUGACGUCAUCCAGCAGCGUGGCGACCUGACAUUUGGCUGAGGCCUAGGCUCGCUCGGGCCGCCCCACCUACCCCCCCUGCUGGCCUAGCGCUCUUAACCGAGGGUGGUGGCGGGUGUGUGUGCGUGUGUGCCGAAGAACGAGGCAACAGCAGCCGCGGUGUUUCCCCGCCGAUGGCUUCGCUUCUUCGCGGCGCCGUUCGCGCCUGGUUCAGCUCCGGCCUGUCCCCGAGGCCUUCGCUUGCGCCCUCUCUCCCGCCCGUGCCGCUCGCCCCGCCGUUGGGUGCCCGCGGGCGCAAGCGUGGCACAGAGUACCAGCCCAAGAACCUGAAGCGGAAGCACACCCACGGAUUCUACCGCCGCUUGGCCACGCGCACCGGCAUCGAGCUGGUCCUGCGGCGGAUGCUGAAGGGGAGGCGGUCACUCACCCACUGACACGGACGUGGCACUCUGUGUGUGUGUGGGUGGGGUAGGUGG